GCGAGCACAAGGGACAAGCUUUCUGAACUUGCCAUCAGCUGGGAUAUGUCAGUAAUAGGUUGAAAGAGUGACUUAUCCAUAGUAAACUUUUGUUUUACGAAAUGAUAAGAAUAUUACAUAUCGAGCCUAUAUGCAUACAUUUCCAGUCAGGAAGAAACAAGCUAUAGACAAGAGUUUGCCAAAAUAUCUACAGAAAGGUAAGAAUAAUAAUGGUUAAGCAUAACUAUUUAUGCAGGUCCUUUAGACAUUAGAGAAACAAAUACAUAUAUUAAAUUAUGAAGCUAAACUUGAGAUUUAAAUAAACAGCCUUUUCAGGGCAAAUGACUUAACUGACUUAUUUUUCUUUCUGGAAUACAGGGCCACGAUUGUUCCACACCAUCAGACCAAAUUUUGGACCAUCUUCCUUAACUGAACCCAUGAGAGUCCACUGGCCUUGAUCUCCUCCAGGUUAUUGACGGGCGUGGCUUAUUGGCCUGCGUGACUGGCUGAGGAUCGAAGCGUCAGGGGUUCAAUACAUGAUUACAUUGAACAAGCUUCGCACUACAACUGUGGGCGCAGUAAGUCCCGUAAUUCGGUUCCUGUCAUGCAGUAAAAACACAGUACAGUAAAUUCAAAAGACGAACCACCCCAGUUUACCCCUGAUGAAGAAAAUUCUACCUUCCUAAAAUAUCCGAGAUAUAGGGCUACAUAUUUUUAUGUAGCACAUAAUCAUGUCCACCACACUGAGCACGAUUGACGUCAAUGAAGAAAUUAUGGUCAACACUUCAAAAAACCGUAUAAUAACUAGAAGCUACAGCUACCUUGUUCAAGGUUCGCUAGUAUGAUAGCAGUAUUACUGAUAAUAAUUUGUUCAGGUUGUGUGACUAGAAGUGAUUCACACACGUAAAAUGCUGAUUACAUUACUGCUGGUUCCAGUUAUGGAUUCUACAAACUAAGUGUGCGAAGAUCAUUCUUUCUUCAAGUUGCCUGGUGUAAUGGAAAAACAAUAUUUACAAUGGGACUUUCCUUAACACGACAACCAAGAAUUGAACGAAUUCACUUUGGAGUGCCAUUAGAACAAGUUUGCAAAGAUGACAUUCCUGCCCCACUGUUGGUGUUAAUAUUAAAACUGAAUAAAGAAGGGCCUUAUAAAAAAGAUAUUUUUCGAGCACCAGGCCAUCACAAGAAAGUGAAGAAGCUAAUUCAGUUUCUUAAACAUGGAAAGCUUAUCAACAUUGACAGUUUCUCAACACACACUCUCGCAUCUGUGUUAAAGAAAUUUAUCAGGAAACUUCCAGGUGGUAUUUUUGGGCCACAGAAUGAAAAUAUGCUCUUCAAUGUAAUUGACAUUGAAAACACAGAUGAAAAACUGAACGAAAUUCAUAGGUUAAUCAUUUCCCUCCCCUCUGUUGCUCAAUACUUACUGGUGCUUCUUUUUGGGACAUUCCACGCAAUUGCCAUUUCAUCACCGACUACACAAAAUGGUAUGUCAUCAGAAGCUCUUGGAGUUAGUGUUGCUCCUAGUUUUUUUCAAUCAUGCGCUAGUGAUAGAAGUGUGGCUAUAAUAGAUGUCCCCAGGUUCAAGGUGAGUUACGUGUAAUUUUUGAAAAGACAAUAGUACA